AGCAGCGAGGGGCUGAAGGACCGGGCGGCGACCAGCCCCGCCCUCUUCAACCGCUGCGUCCUCAACUGGUUCGGCGACUGGACCAGUGAGGCACGGUUCCAGGUGGGCUACGAGUUCACCAGCAAGCUGGACCUGGACAAUGCGAAGUACAGUCCGCCGGCGGUCUUUCCCGCCGCCUUUCCCAACUUUACGCCCACGCCGAGGCACCGGGAGGCAAUUGUCAACAGCUUCGUCUACAUUCACCAGACGCUGCACCAUGCGAAUGAGCGGCUGCUCCGUCGCGGGGGCCGCCUGACGACGAUCACCCCCCGGCACUACCUCGACUUUAUCAACCACUACGUGAAGCUGUACUACGAGAAGUGCUCCGAGCUGGAGGAGGAGCAGCUCCACCUGAACGUCGGCCUGACCAAGAUUCGCGAGACGGUGGAGCAGGUGGAGGAGCUGCAGAAGAGUCUGGCCAGCAAGUCGAACGAGCUGGAGGCGAAGAACCAGGCGGCCAAUGCGAAGCUCAAGGAGAUGCUCAAGGACCAGCAGGAGGCGGAGAAGGAGAAGGUGAAGAGCCAGGAGCUGCAGGGCAUCCUCCGCCGGCAGGAGGUCUCCAUCAAGGAGAAGACCGAGGCGGUGAUGGCCGACCUGGCGCAGGUGAAACCCGCCGUGGAGGACGCUAGACAGGCCGUCUCCUCGAUCAAGAAGCAAAACCUGGUGGAGGUGAAGUCGAUGACGAAUCCUCCGCCGGCGGUGAAGCUGGCGAUGGAGUCGAUCUGUCUGCUGCUGGGCGACGAGACCACCGAGUGGAAGGUCAUUCGCUCCAUUCUCAUGCGCGAGAACUUCAUCAGCACCAUUGUCAACUUUCAGACUGACAAUAUUAACGAAGACAUCCGCCAGAAGAUGAUCUCCAAGUACCUGAACAACCCUGACUACAACUUUGAGAAGAUCAACCGCGCCUCGCUGGCCUGCGGCCCGCUGGUGAAGUGGGCCAUUGCGCAGGUGAACUACGCCGACAUGCUGAAGCGCAUUGAGCCACUGCGCAAUGAGCUGCUGUCGCUGCAGACGGAGGCGCAGGCGAACAAGAGCCGCGCCGAGGAGACUGACCGGGCGGUGGCCCACCUGGAGCAGUCCAUUGCCGCGUACAAGGAGGAGUACGCCAACCUGGUGUCGCAGUGCCAAGCGAUCAAGACCGACCUCGCCUCGGUCCAGUCCAAGGUCGACCGGUCCAUUGCCCUGCUGGCCAGUCUCAGCAGCGAGAAGGAGCGCUGGGAGCACAGCUCGGAGACCUUCAAGAGUCAGAUGCAGACGAUUGCCGGCGACUGCGUCCUCUCGGCGGCCUUCCUCGCCUACGCCGGCUACUUUGACCAGCAGUACCGUCAAUCGCUCUUCAACUCCUGGUCGACGCACCUGAACGUCGUCAACAUUCAGUUCCGCGCCGACCUCGCCCUCACCGAGUACCUGAGCACGGCCGACGAGCGGCUGCGCUGGCAAGCCAAUUCGCUGCCAUCGGACGACCUCUGCACGGAAAAUGCCAUCAUGCUGAAGCGCUUCAACCGCUUCCCGCUGAUCAUCGACCCCUCCGGACAGGCCACCCGCUAUCUGCUGAGCGAGUACGAGCAGAAACGGAUCACGAAGACCAGCUUCCUCGACGACUCCUUCCGGAAGAACCUCGAGUCGGCGCUGCGCUUCGGCAACCCGCUGCUGGUGCAGGACGUGGAGAACUACGACCCCAUACUGAACCCGGUGCUCAAUCGAGAGGUGCGCAAGACGGGCGGCCGCGUGCUGAUCACCCUGGGCGACCAGGACAUUGACCUCUCCCCGUCCUUCUGCAUCUUCCUCUCGACGCGCGACCCGACGGUGGAGUUUCCGCCGGACAUCUGCUCCCGGGUGACCUUCGUCAACUUUACCGUCACGCGAAGUAGCCUCCAGGCCCAAUGUCUCAACCAGGUGCUCAAGUGCGAGCGGCCGGACAUUGACGAGAAGCGCGGCGACCUGCUCAAGCUGCAGGGCGAAUUUCACGUGAAGCUGCGCAAGCUGGAGAAGUCGCUGCUGCAGGCGCUCAAUGACGUGAAGGGCCGCAUCCUCGACGACGACUCCAUCAUCAGCACGCUGGAGAAGCUGAAGCACGAGGCGGGGGAGAUCUCGAAGAAGGUCGAGGAGACGGACAAGGUCAUUGCGGAGGUGGACGCCGUCAGCGGGCAGUACCUGCCGCUGGCGCAGGCCUGCAGCAGCAUCUACUUCACCCUGGAGGGCCUCAAUCUGGUGCACUUUCUCUACCAGUACUCGCUGCAGUUCUUCCUCGACAUCUUCACGGACGUGCUGGCCAAUGCCAAUGCCGGUGGGCACGGUGCGACGGACUAUGCGGCGAGGCUGGCGGCCAUCACGCGGAAGCUCUUUGAGGUGGUGUAUGUCCGUGUGACGCGGGGCAUGCUCCACCACGACUGGCUGGUCUUUGCGCUGCUGCUCUGCAAGAUUUACAUUCGCGGGUUUACGAGUGAGAAGCACUUUGAGAACGAGUUUGACCACCUGAUGCGCGGCCGUGAGAGUAUUCUUCACCAUGCGGCCGCUGGAGGUGGUAGUGGCAGCGGUGGAGGCCACUCUACCGUUUCCAUUGCCGGCGUCACCGAGGACCGCCUGGAGGCGGCGACGGCGCUCUCCAAGGCGCUGCCCUCCUUUCGCUCGCUGCAGGCGGCCAUUGAUGGGCUGGAGGGGGAGGCGACCUUUCACGAGUGGCUGCACUCGACGCUGCCGGAGAAUGCCGUGCCCAAGCUGUGGACGGCCGAGGAAGAAGGAGGUGGAAAUGAGGAGCUGACCGCCGUCGGGCGAACGAUGAACGAGCUGCUGGUCAUUCACGCCUUCCGCCCGGACCGGGUGGUGGCGAUGGUGGGCCGCGUCGUGGACGCCGUCUUCGGCGCCCAGUUCCUCCACAUGGUCGCCACGGAGUACGACCUGGGCCACGCCGUGGAGCGGCUCAUANAAGGAGGUGGAAAUGAGGAGCUGACCGCCGUCGGGCGAACGAUGAACGAGCUGCUGGUCAUUCACGCCUUCCGCCCGGACCGGGUGGUGGCGAUGGUGGGCCGCGUCGUCGAUGCCGUCUUUGGCGCCCAGUUCCUUCACAUGGUCGCCACGGAGUACGACCUGGGCCAUGCCGUGGAGCGGCUGAUCAAGGCGAACACGCCCAUUCUCAUGUGCUCCGUGCCGGGCUACGAUGCGAGCGGCCGCGUGGACGACCUCGCCGCGGAGCUGAACCGCUCCAUCACCUCCAUUGCCAUUGGCAGCGCCGAGGGCUUCAGCCAGGCGGACAAGGCGAUCAACGCGGCGGCCAAGUCGGGCAAGUGGGUGAUGCUGAAGAACGUCCACCUCGCCCCCCAGUGGCUGGUGCAGCUGGAGAAGAAGCUGCACGCGCAGACGCCCAACCCUAGCUUCAGGCUGUUCCUCACGCUGGAGAUUCAUCCCAAGAUUCCCGUGAACCUCCUGCGCGCCGGCCGGAUCUUCGUCUUCGAGCCGCCGCCGGGCAUUCGCGCCAACCUCCUGCGCACCUUCAGCACCAUUCCCGCGGCGAGGAUGAUGAAGGCGCCCAAUGAGCGGUCGCGCCUCUACUUCCUCGUCAGCUGGUUCCACGCCAUCGUCCAGGAGCGGCUGCGCUACGCGCCGCUCGGCUGGUCGAAGCGCUACGAGUUCAACGAGUCCGACCUGAAGGUGGCCUUCGACACGCUGGACACCUGGAUCGACGCCGUCUCCCUGGGCCGGACGAACCUCCCUCCGGAGAAGGUGCCCUUUGACGCCAUCUGCACCCUUUUUGGCCAGUGCAUCUACGGCGGCAAGAUUGACAACGACUUUGACCAGCGCCUNACCAGCUUCCUCCAGAAGCUCUUCACGCCGAAGAGCUUCGAGGCGGAGUUUGUGCUCGCCAGCGAACCGGACCCCGAGCAGCAGCAGGGCAGCGACGAGCACCUGAUCACCAUUCCCGAGGGCAUCAUUCGCCGGGACGAGUUUCUCAGCUGGGUGGAGUCGCUCAGCGACCGACAGACGCCCAGCUGGCUUGGGCUGCCCAACAAGGCGGAGCGGGUGCUACUGACCAACCACGGCGUCGACCUGGUGGGCAAGCUGCUCAAGCUGCAGCUGCUCGAGGACGACGACGACAUUGUGGUGAGCGCGCCCAGCAGCCUCACCACCCCCGGAAAGAUCGACGCCGACGGCCGACCGGGGUGGAUGCGCACGCUGCUGCACUCGACGGCCAGCUGGCUGAAGCUGCUGCCCGCCAGCCUGCCCACCAUGCGCCGCACCUCGGAGAACAUCAAGGAGCCCCUGUACCGGUACUUUGAGCGCGAGGUGAACAUCGCCGCUCGCCUCCUGGGCGUCCUCCGCGCCGACCUCACCGACGUGAUGGCCAUCUGCCGGGCGGAGAAGAAGCAGACGAACUACCACCGGGAGAUCACCGAGUGCCUGGCGAAGGGCAUGAUUCCCGGGCACUGGCGGUCGGCGUACAAGUGCCCGGAGAGCUGCACCGUCAUCCAGUGGGUCACCGACUUUGCCGAGCGGCUGAGGCAGAUGGCGCGCAUCAGCGCCUCGCCCACCGCCGCCCUCAAGACGCUCACCAUCUGGCUGGGCGGCCUCUUCAACCCCGAGGCGUACAUCACCGCGACGAGGCAGUUUGUGGCGCAGGCCAACGGCUGGUCGCUGGAGGAGCUGCAGCUGCAGAUUAUCAUCAAUGAUGCGGCUGAUGCUUCGGCGGGAGGUGGAGCCGGUGGUGCUGCUGCUGCAGUCGCCGACAGCGGCUCCUUUGGCGUCUCCGGGCUGACGCUGCAGGGGGCCGAG